AUGGCGCGGACUUUGCAAACUGCACGCAUGUCCACCGGAGGGAAGGCACCGAGGAAGCAAUUGGCCCCCAGAUCAGCUCCAAGAACUGGAUGCGUCAAAAAACCGCACCGGUACAGGCCGGGGGCGGUGGCACUCAGAGAGAUCAGGAAGUACCAGAGGAACACUGAGCCUCUGAUCCGAAAGAUUCCAUUCCAGCGUCUUGUGAAGGAGAUCACACAGGCCAUCAAUAAUGAACUACGGGUCCAGAGCGGCGCCGUCUCUGCCUUGCAGGAAGCGGCUGAGGCUUUCUUGGCUGGUCUCUUUGAGGAUACGAAUCUCUGUGCCAUUCAUGCGAAGCGCGUCACUAUCACGCCUAAGGAUAUGCAACUUGCUCGUAGGAUCAGAGGCGAGAAAUUUUGA